GUCGGUUAUAGUAGUGCGAAUCGGUUGUACCAACUCGCCUGACUAUAUAACUAUGGUUCCUUGUACGUGUGCUCCACGUGUCUAGCUUUCGACAUCUACUGCUGUCUGGAGAAACUCAGGCUCCAUCUUUUGCAGUUGCCCUCACUGCAGCAUGCACACACAAAGAGUUGAUCACGCUGAAUGCUUUCCCAUCAAUGGAAAAAAAAAUAGAGUCCUGGUCCGUAUUGUUAUGAGCACAACGUGUUACUGCUGUUGUUACCAACACGUAGAUUGUGUGUGGCAUGAUGUAGUUCUGCACAAUCUUCUGUUUAGUAUGUGCAAGUUCUCUUCCUUUCUUCUUUCAUAAUCUUAUUUCAUUAUCGUCACCUUGUUAUUCCUUUGCAGCUGCACCCAGGGUUCUCCCCAGAUAUUUUUUAGGGGUGAACAUAUUGAACGGGGGGGGAUAUUAAGUUUAACAAUUUUAAGUUUUCGAACAGCGUAUUGUUUUCCACACACAUCCACACUCUAUUUCCGGUCGCACAUUUUGGAGGCAAUGCGUAGGCACUGCCUCCAAGAUUCAUACUUAGGAAACGGAAGCGGGGACGCUUGUGUGCUUGUGCUUGAGCGCUCACACUAGAGUUGUCAAUCUCCGAAACCUUUCCAGAUUUCGUUUUACAUAACCAGGUGGCGGGAGGCACGGCUCGGAGGCAUUUAAUGCACACAUUCGCUAUUUAUUGGUUUCUCAGUGCAUUUCAAAUGGGUCAAUUAAAGCGGUGGGCGGUGAAGCGGUGCGGUGGGCAGCAUUUCCAUCGCCGCCCACCGUGGGGUGAACCCUGGCUGCACCACAUACUGGCUGACCUCUCCGUCUCCCAACUCGUUUGCCUCUUUCUUCUUUUAUCAAGAAUAUGUGAUUUUAAUCUGUGCAGACUCUGUCACUGCGCACCGCGGUCCUGGCCGACCACGAUGCCUUCGAGACGUGCAGACCAUCAAAGAUCGUCUGUUGCAGUGCAACAUGUGCGCCUACGUGACGUCAAACCGAACCCACAUGAAGGAUCACCUGAGAAUACACACGGGCGAGCGUCCGCACAAGUGUAACAUCUGCGGCAAAGCCUUCAUGCAGAAGGGACACCUAGUCACGCACCUCCGCAUCCACACCGGCGAGAGACCUUUCCAGUGCCACCUCUGCCCCACCACCUUCAGACAAAAGAUAAGCCUCAUGGCUCAUUUGCCGACGCACACAAGAAGUGGUGGCAGGAGCACAAAACACAUAUCAGCAAAACCCACCAGGUGGCAGCACGGUGCCAAUCAGCGCCCAAACAACUCAUCCAUCGUACAAGUGGGACAACAUUUUUUGGUUGUGGAAAACAGUGGAAGUGCCCCUGAAAGUGUGAACACUGAGCUUCACACCUGUGGCUACUGCAACAAGUGCUUUGCUACGCGUGGCAACCUGAACACUCACCUCCGCAUACACACUGGCGAGAGGCCAUUUCAGUGCCACUUCUGCCCCCGAUCCUUCACGCAGAAGGCCAACCUCGUACAUCACGUGCGAACGCACACAGGGGAGAAACCAUAUCAGUGUCGCUUUUGUCCCAUGGCCUUCGCGCGCAAGUUGCCAUGCAAGUACCACGAGCUCCGCAAACACUUGAAAGUGGCUGCUACUCGUUGAGGGGCCUGCCACAUGUCCGUGACAUUUUCUGGCAUUGAGCAUUG